GGACAAACUCUGUUGUGCCUCUGCGGAGGGUAAACAAAGCUGGACUUUGGAGCUCUGAGUUGCUCUGCUUCAGAACAUUUGAGUUUGAAACAAAGCUGGCCGUAAUGGAAAUGUCUGCCGCUUAUUUAAAGCUCUUUGCUGCUGUUAUGCUGCUGGAUUUAUGUGCUAUGGAAGCAGAAGUCACACCAACAAACCCAGAGUCUGUCUUUGUGUCUCAACAGUCAGCCAGUGCAGUCCUCUCCCGACCUCGCAGAUACAACAGUGGCCAUUUUGAAGAGCUUUUGCAGGCCAACCUAGAGCGGGAGUGCAGAGAGGAGACGUGUACAAUGGAGGAGGCCAGAGAGUACUUUGAAAAUGAUGAGAAAACUUUGGAGUUCUGGGCUGGUUACCUUGAUGGGAACCAGUGCGACCCUGCUCCCUGCCAAAAUGGAGGAGUUUGUGAGGAUGGAGUCAGCUCCUACAUCUGCUGGUGCAAACCGUCCUUCAGCGGAAAAAACUGUGAGAUUGUGGUGGCUCGGCAGUGUUCGAUGGACAAUGGCGGAUGCUCUCAUUUCUGUGAGAUGAAGGAUCAGCAGGUGGCGUGUUUGUGUGCGCCGGGAUAUGAGCUGGGUCCAGACCACUCGAGCUGUAUAUCCACAGACCCGUUCAGCUGUGGUCAGGUGACCACCAACAGUGACACCAAGACCAAAUCGAACUUAACCCCACGGACAUCAAACUCAACCCAGAGAAAUAGCUCUUUGCAUUAUGAAGGAUUUGACUUCAACCUUACUAUGUUUUACGAGUACUAUGAUGACACAGGUUUAAGUGAUUCAGAGCCCUCUCAUGUCAUUGAGGGGUCGACUAUAGACAUCCCAUCAGAUUACCAGGGGGAUCAGGAGAUCAUUUUCAAUGAGGUGGAGGAGGGGAACACAACAGAUAAUGGUACGCUGCUCUGGUAUGGCCCAGCGCAGUACAAUGAGAGCAGAAAGAACGAAGACCACAGGAUUGUAGGAGGAGACGAAGCCACGCCUGGUCAGAUACCAUGGCAGGUUGCUCUUAUGGAACGUAGAAAGGCGGGGCAGAGAGCACUCCCAUUUUGUGGAGCAUCUCUCAUUAGUGACAUCUGGGUCCUCACUGCUGCUCACUGCCUCAUACAAAGAGACGGAAUAAGCAUAAGAGAUGACUUCUUUAUUCGAGUCGGUGAGCAUGAUGUACUCAGAGACGAGGGCCAAGAGCGGGACCACAAUAUAUCCGAGAAGCUCAUCUUUCCAAACUACAACUACAAAACAUCCCCUUAUGACCAUGACAUUGCCCUUCUGAGACUGGGAGAGCCAGUGCAGCUGUCUGACCGUAGGCGCCCCAUUUGCCUUGGACCCAAACACUUUUCAGAGAAUGUCCUCCGGGACGCCACCUCCUCUCUUGUCUCUGGCUGGGGCAGACUGAGGUUCCAAGGUCCUGAAUCCACCAAACUCCAAAAGCUACAGGUGCCUUAUGUAGACCGGACUGUGUGUAAACAGAGUAGCAGGGACAGAAUCACCCGUCACAUGUUCUGUGCCGGAUACGCCAAUGAGCAGAAGGAUUCAUGUCAGGGGGACAGCGGAGGACCUCAUGCCACCAACUAUAAAGGCACGUGGUUUUUGACUGGGAUUGUGAGCUGGGGAGAGGAGUGCGCCAGAGACGGGAAAUAUGGGGUGUACACUCGAGUUUCCCAGUACUACAAAUGGAUCGCCUUCACAACUGGGAUAAACUUACAGAGGACUGACAAGGAAAAACUAUAAUACAAAUGCACUGAUCAAUCUACAUUGCACCAUUCCAGUUUAGAAUUAUUGUCCACAGCAACAAGAGCAUUAAAUAAACCAGUGUUUCUCAAUGUUUCUGUAGUGUGCUGCACAGGGUUUAAUAUUAUUAUUUAGUUUUAUUAUAAAAUGAAUUUUAUGUGAAUCUUUGUCAUCCUUUGGGUCCAAUUUCAUUUAGUUCUGGUUAAGCCCCAGUUACUGAUAUCUGAUAUAGUUCUGUAAUAGUCCUGAUUUUUAUCUGGUGGCACUAAGAAAACCAAAUAUACUAGUAUCAGCUUUGUGCAUAUUUAGAAAAUACACUGGAGCACUAUGC